AUGGCUACAUUCAGCAACAUUUCUCUAAUGGUCCUAUGUUUCAUUAUUAGUUCUUCCUUGAUGGUCAAAAUCGGGCUUUCACAAGAUGCUCCGGAACCAUCAAAUGCACCAGGGCCAAUGUCAUCGUAUGUCAAGUAUUUAGCCAAUUGUGGGUCUCAUUUGUCCCCAAAUUGUGGUGAUGAGGUAUUCUCAGCAAUAUUUUUUGGUAACAAAACAGUUAGUAAUGGUUGUUGUGACAAGCUUGUGAAUGAUGUUGGGAAAGUGUGCCACGAUGAUAUGACAAAGUAUAUUUUGACAUUGCCUAAGUUCCGGGCCCAUAAAAUUCAGAUCUUGAAGAGGAGUGAGAAGGUUUGGUUUGAUUGUGAUUUGCAGGACUACCCUUUUGGACCCGAUGGUCCUGAAUCAUGA